AUGAGUUCUUGUUCUAAGGUUGUUGUUGUUGCGGUGAAAGGUUCCAAGGAUAUUUCAAGAACUGCUUUGGUUUGGGCUUUGACUCAUGUUGUUCAACCUGGGGAUUGCAUUAAGCUUUUGGUCAUCAUUCCUGCAAUUUCAUCAAGGAAGAAGGUAUGGGGAAUUUCGAGAUUUACGACUGAUUGUGCUACGAGUAGUUGGACAUCGCGAUUAGGAACUGUUUCGGAUCAGAAAGAAGUUAUUACGAAUUCAUGUUCUCAAUUAGUGCUUCAACUCCAUGAUUUUUAUGAUCCGGAGAAGAUAAAGAUCAGAGUGAAGAUUCUUUCGGGUUCGUUGUGCGGUGCGGUGGCUGCUGAAGCCAAGAGAGUUCAGUCAAGCUGGGUUAUAUUGGACAGAAAAUUGAAAGGUGAACAGAAACACUGCAUGGAUGAGUUGCAUUGCAAUAUUGUAAUUAUGAAGCAUUCUCACCCGAAGAUUCUACGUUUGAAUUUGAAUAGUUCGCCUAAGAAGGAACUCGGAAGAGAUUGUUCACUGUCGCUAGAGCCGAAUGCGUAUAGAAAUUUGAAAGACAAUUUUGAACAUUCAGAUAUAAUUAAAGGUCCAGCAGUUACUCCUGCUAGUAGUCCUGAACAAGGGUCGCCACCAUUGACUGUAACUGAUAUCGGAACAGCGUCGAUAUCGAGCUCAGAUCCUGGAACAUCGCCGUUUUUUCACUCUGACAAUUAUGAAAGACGAAGGAGAUGUUUUCCCUUUGUCGUUCACGAGGGACUGACAAACCUCGAGGAUAUUGAAUCUGACUCGGAGAGUGAAAAGCUAAGUUCAUCUUCGUCUUUUCAGCCAUGGAUUUCAAAUGUAAUUUGUGUAGGUGGCGAGUUUUCAAAACACGAGGACAAUGUUCAAAGAUGUAGUGAUAGUAAGGCUUUGGUUUCUACUUAUGAAGCUUUGCUUCAUAAACUUACAAUUUUGGAUCAAGAUCCUAUCUUUGGAUUGCCUACUUGUAAAAUCGAUGUGAACUUAAGUAAAAGCGUUCGAGAAGUGAUUUCACUCGCCAGAAAUGCACCUCACGGACCUCCUCCGUUGUGCUCCAUUUGUCAGCACAAAGCACCUGUAUUUGGGAAUCCUCCAAGGUGGUUUACAUUUGCGGAAUUACAACUUGCCACGGGUGGUUUUUCUCAAGCAAACUUUUUGGCCGAAGGUGGUUUUGGUUCGGUACACCGCGGUGUCUUACCUGACGGACAAGUUGUUGCCGUUAAGCAGUAUAAAUUAGCAAGUUCACAAGGAGACAAAGAGUUUUGCUCAGAAGUAGAGGUCUUAAGCUGCGCACAACACCGCAAUGUUGUGAUGCUAAUUGGGUUCUGUGUCGAGGAUGGAAGAAGAUUGCUAGUUUAUGAGUAUAUCUGCAACGGAUCGCUGGAUUCUCAUCUCUAUGGUCGGAUGCAGAGUGUGCUUGAUUGGUCUGCUCGUCAGAAAAUCGCGGUUGGAGCAGCUCGUGGUUUGAGAUAUCUUCAUGAAGAAUGUAGAGUUGGUUGCAUUGUACACCGCGAUUUGCGGCCUAACAAUAUUCUCCUCACUCAUGAUUUUGAAGCAUUAGUGGGAGAUUUCGGACUUGCUAGGUGGCAGCCAGAUGGAGAUAUGGGUGUAGAAACAAGGGUGAUAGGAACAUUCGGGUAUUUGGCACCAGAAUAUGCUCAAAGCGGUCAAAUUACUGAAAAAGCGGACGUGUAUUCAUUUGGGAUAGUAUUACUAGAGCUCGUGACAGGUCGGAAAGCUGUGGAUAUCGGCCGGCCGAGGGGCCAGCAAUGCCUUAGUGAAUGGGCACGGCCAUUGCUUGAAGAACAAGCCAUUGAUAAACUUGUAGAUCCGAGCAUAGGAAAAUGCUACGAUGAUCAAGAGGUUUAUCGCAUGAUGCAAUGUUCCUCUAUGUGUAUCCGACGAGAUCCUCAUUUAAGACCUCGAGUGUCUCAGGUGCUCAAGAUGUUGGAAGGUGACAUUGUCAUGUGA